AAAUCAUAAACCAUAAACCCUUAUUUUUAUUUCUUCAAGUUUUGCUUCAAUGGCUUCUGCUUUGUCAGUGAACUCUUCAAUAUCCGUACGGAUUUUGCAAUCUUCAUACAGAGGACGCGUUUCCGUAGCUCAACCGAGAUAUUUCAAUCUUCUUCCGGCACCUCAGUCUCGCCGCCGAUAUACGGUGGCGUACUCUCGCCGCCGGAACAACCAGCCGGCCAGCACUGAGAAGAAAAAGAGAUUGAAGAAAGAGAAGAAAAAAGGAUUAGUGGAGAAGGAAGAGGAGGAUUUUGAGGGAGACCCGUUCGAAGCUCUUUUCAAACAGCUGGAAGAAGACCUUAAGAAUGAUAAUCCAGACAUGGAAGAUGACGAUGAUGAAGGUGAUGAGAUAAAUGAAGAAGACAUCGAUAGGCUUGCGAAUGAGUUGGCUGAAGCAUUUGGGGAUUUCGAUUUUGAAGGAUUUAGCUCAGCCCCGAACGAUGCUAAAGAAGAGGUGGAAGAUGACGGCGAGGAAGACGGCAACGACGAUGAAGUAGAAGAAAGGCCUGUCAAGCUUAAGAAUUGGCAGCUUCGAAGAUUGGCCGCUGCUCUCAAAGUCGGCCGCCGUAAAACCAGUAUUAAAACUCUUGCUGCAGAGCUAUGUCUUGACCGAGCUGUGGUCCUCGAAUUGCUCCGUGAGCCACCCCCGGAGCUUCUAAUGAUAAGUGCUACGUUGCCUGAUGAACCAGUUAAGAAGGAACCGGAACCAGAAUCAGAACCAGAACCGGAACCAAUGCCUGAAACCAAACAUGUAGAAACUCUGGCAUUUGAGACAACAAUGGAUAAUGUGAAACAUGAACCCAAGGUGAAAGAGCCUAUCCAUGUGAUGCAGCAAAGAUGGUCUGCUCAAAAGAGAUUGAAGAAAGUGCAAAUCGACACCCUCGAAAAAGUUUAUCGAAGAUCGAAGCGACCUACUAACACAAUGAUUAGCAGCAUCGUGCAAGUAACAAAUUUGCCCCGAAAAAGAGUCGUAAAAUGGUUCGAGGAUAAGCGCAACGAGGAUGGAGUUCCUGAGCAUCGCCAGCCAUAUCGAAGGUAUGGUUCUGAAACAGUUUUUUCGGAUUGAAACAAGCCGCACGUUCAGCAUCUAGAACAAUGCGGUUACAUUACAUGUGCGCUGCUUCUCGGAAAUGUAAAUAAUCUUUAUUUCCUGAAAAGCCUAUGUUUCCUCAAAUCUAUUUGAACAGGAAAAUGAUGUUUACUGUUUAGGGAUGACAAUGUAUAGUAAAAAAUUGGGUAACCGACACUAUUCAAUGCGUUCUUUUA